CCCACCCCUCGUUUGACAAUUUAUUACUGAAAAUUUCCGAUGUUGAAAUGAGUACAAUCUCAGGAGUGGAAACACAAAUACAGUCAGGGCCAAGUCAGCAUCUCUCUCAAAACUGAAACAUUUCCCGGCUCCGGAAAGCUAGUCUUUGAGAUACCAUUUUAGUUAUGCAGUAAAGAUGCAGUUGCCAAAAGAAGCAGCUAUCAGUGGGUUGCGAGGACAAGUUUUUGCGGGAGUGUUUCUAUGGUUUUAGAAAGAUUCAACCGUGAAAUGACAGCAGAGUAUCAUUACAAUCAAUUUACUUUAUAUCUUUUGUGCUGAAUUAACAUUAGCAGAUACAGAAAAAGUAGAAAACGGGAUAUUUAUUACAAAGGAACAUAAAAACCGGCUACACCGCUUCUUUGUUGUUAAGAAAAUCUCAUGUUGUUAAUGGAUUUGCGAAUUCGUCAAGAUUUCUUCAUGUUGACUGCAUUCAUAAUGCCGGACUCUUCCAACUGUACAAUAGGAUCAGCAGAUUUGAAAUGAAAGGAAGAACAAGGCUAUGAAUCCAUCUGGUCACCUAUGACAGUAUCUCAAUCAUCACCACCCCGAUCAUUUUUAUUUCUCUGUCUUUUAAACAAUCAUUAAAUAAUGGUCCAAGCUGCCUUGUCUGUCUGAAGCUUCAUCCAAUACACCACCAACAACAACAACAGCAGUUGUCAUUAGUAACAUGAAACUUAAAGAGCAACAACAACAACACAGAGAAUACAUAACAGUAAAUGUGAUGCAACUACCACAUAAGCAAUACCGACAAUAACCAUUACCACCAUAACCAGUACAUAAUGUUAACAAUACUGAACAUCAUUAACAUGAACAAAUACAAGCUAUAUCUAAACAAGUAUUGUUUAACCCCGGGGCAGCCCUGAUCUGAGAAACCUACAACCACCUUCAGUCAAAAAUAUUCCAACUGUAACCAUCUCAUUUUUUUUUUUUUUGUUAUGUAUAAGGAAACCAAGAUUCCAUUAUCGAAAGUGUUUUUUUCUAAGACAGAGUGUGAUUUGUGAGAUAUCUGGCUGCUAUUUCAAGCAGGUUGAGUGACCUCAUAGAGGAUUCUUCAUUGGCUUGAUUUUCAACUCUGGUAACAACAGCAACAGAAACAACUUCAAUUAUGACAGCUCUCUGGUAACUCGACAGCAACAAUAACUGCAACAAAAACCCCAUCAAGAAAGCAUUUAUAGCAGCAACGAAUCUUAAUUAAUACCGCAAACUGUAUCAUCUUCAUUAGUAACAACAACGUAAAUAACCACCCUUGUCAGUAUCAAGAACAGCAACAACAUUAGUAGUAAGUACAUCAUCAUCAUUAUCAUCAACAGCAUCAAGGAUGAAUCAAGUUAUCCAAGUAUCGAAUGAGGGUCUUCCCAUUGUGUUGGUUGCCGAUGCACUGACAAAGCUGGGGGCAGCAUACUGUUGCAGUUUGUGUGCACAGACGUUCAGCCAGUAUGAGCUAUUGGAGAAACACAGCAGCACCCACCACCCUGUGCAGCCAACGUUUCUGCUGCAACAACAACAGCAACAACAACAACAGCAAGAGCAACAACCACAACAUAUUCUAUUGUUGCAGCAUCAACCAAACCAAGAAGAACAGCAGCAGCAACUGCAACAGCAACAACAACAGCAGCAGUUGUUGGAACAACAACAGCAACAACAGCAGCAGUUGUUGGAACAGCAACAGCAGCAGCAGCUGUUGGAACAACAACAACAGCAGUUGCAGCAACAACAACAGGAGCUUCAAAUUCAACUUCAACAACAAAAGCAAGCCGAAGAAGAGGAGGAGGAGGAGCUGCUACAACAAAAACAACAACAAAUGCAGCAACAACACCAAUUACAACUACAGCAACAGCAACAACAACAUCAGCAAGUACUUCUGACAACAGUACUGCAGCAAUCUCAGAGUGUAACUUCCAGUGAUUCUCCAGCAUCUGUUGUUAUGACAAGAGAAGAGGAUAAUAAGAUCCCUGAUAGCAAUUCUACAAAGUUUACAUGUAAAGUCUGUGGAAAGGAGUUUUCCCAGAAGUUCCACCUGAAGGAACAUGAAACAAUUCAUACAGGUGGACAACCGUAUAGGUGCAACAUAUGCGGACACACGUUCUCUAGAAGUAGUAAUCUUGCCCGACACUUAAAAAUCCAUAACACACUAAAGACUCCCAACCGAGAAGACAGCUCCAGAACUGUUUCCUUAACAGACAGAAAGAACAGCAGCUGCUCUGAUGCCAGUGCUAACCACUGGAUGGCAGCAUAUGAGCUCAAUGGAUCAAACCCAUUUGAUUGUAAAGACUGCUGGAAAGCUUUCACGCUGCACAAAGAUGCAAGUGUGCAUGAGCGGAUACACAAGGCUCUAAAGCCAUUUGAUUGCAAAACGUGUGGUAAGUCUUUCAGCCAACGCUCACAUUUAAAAGUGCACAACCAACGCAUACACACUAGUGAGAAGCAUUUGACCGAGAGUGCAUCAUCAUCAUCGUCAUCUUCAAGCAUAUUUGACAAGGACUCUGCUUCUCAGAAUGAUAAAAUGAAGGAACUGAUGAGUGAAAUGAAUCCUCUUGAUUGUGAUGUCUGCUGGAAAGCUUUCUCUCAGCGUUCGCACACCAAUUUACACAAGCAAAUUCACAAUGCAGUGCUUCCAUUUGUCUGCAGUACGUGCAGCAAGGCAUUCUCAGCUAAUAGUAAAUUAAAGCGACACAAACGAACACAUCUUGGGGAAAAGUUAUUUCAGUGUGACCUUUGCCAAAAGUCUUUUUCUCAGAGGUCACAUUUGAAAGUACACAGUAAAAUCCAUUCUGGUGAGCGACCUUACAAAUGUGAAAGGUGUGGUUAUGCCUUUGCCCGCAACGAUCACUUGGAAAGGCAUAAAAAAGCAAACAAAGGAGAACGAAAAUUAAGCUGUGUUCCAUUACAACAACAACAGCAGCAGCAGCAACAACAACAACAAGAAAACACUGAAAAUCUUCUCCAAGAGCAGCCAGAACAAGAAGUAAAGACAGAAACAGACUCAACUGCACAACAGAUUCAAGAUAGUGCAGCUUCACAACCAACUGCUCAAGAGAGUGCAGCUUCACAACCAACUACUCUAGAGAGUGCAGCUUCACAACCAUCUACUCAAGAGAGUGCAGCUCCACUACAAACUAUUAACAUUGUGAAAGCACAAGAUCUUCACUUAUUUAACAUCCAAGCUGCCCAACAACAAAUACAACAUCCUCAGACUGUCGCCAUAGCAACAGGUGUCCCCCUGACACAGCCAACCUCAGCUCAGCCACAGCAGAUAAAUCUCAAUCUGGAUACACAAACAACACUUCCACAUGCUCAACUUGCUCAACAUAUGACGUUACCUGAUUCUGAUCUCUAUACAAUGGCAGCCCAGAUUUUUCCAUCAACUCAGGUUUUUCCCACAAUUCAGAUGUACCCAACAAAUGCACAAGUGAUUCCAACCAUACAAAUGCACCCUAGUGCAGCAGCACAGAUUUUCACUACAACAACUCCAAUAAUUACUUCAAAUUCAGCACAUGACCUUUGACAUAACUUCAUUUUUCCUUUAUCAUUUCAAAAAUUACAAUGAAAAUAAAAUUUUAAAAAUUACAAUUCA